GCGUCAGAUUAUAUGAGGAGCCGGACGGGUCGACCUGCAGCCAGCGAGCGAUGGUCUCGGUGUGUCCAGACCUCGGGAGCAUUUUGACGGUUCUCGUUGAAAAACAGAAAACCCUUUCACCACCACGUUCGUUCAAGAGUGACUGUUCAGAUUUUUGUAUUUUUUUUUAUUACCAGCCGGUCAACAACGCUCAUUGUAAUUUAUACAAGCAAACCAAUACUACAUUACUGCAUCUCCCUACGUGGCCUCUUGUACAUGAAUGCCCCUUUCUACAAAUCGAAAUAGCAUUAAAAGCUUGCUCUGCCAGUGUUUGAAUGUCUGUUUAUACAUACUAGUGUUACACAUAUUGGCAUGUGGGUUAAAUGGAAACAAUACUACAUGACUGGCCUUAGAUUUACUUUUCACACUGCACUCAGUGGGCACAUAACAUUAGUCUGCUUCUCAGCCCUUGUUUAUCACUAAUAGCCCAUUUCAGAACAACUUGAACUGCUUCAUAUAUUUGAAAUCACUCUCAUACUUUUCAGUUAGAACUCGAACUUUUUUCUUUCUUUUUUUCGAAUACCAACUGAGAACGAAUGAAAUGUUUUGUAUUAGUGUGUAACGCACAAACACCACAACACCCUCAGACUGUUGCGUGGAGGAGUGUCUCCUCAAACCAUAAUCCUAAUUUUGUUUAAAGAAAUAUAUAUAAAACCCAAUUAAGGAAAUCGAAUGAAUUUAUGUGCUUACCAAUGCUUUGCAACAAAUAUAUGAAUGUUGAAACAGCGCUACCAGCUCCUCCCCUUGUGGUGUAACUUGUGUCUGCACCGUACGCUUCUCUCAGAUUCUGAAUUCAACGGGAAGGAGAAUAUGAAGGAAAUAUUAAUUCAGGGUCCCAACAAAAAACGCAACAACCCUCAAUAGUAAUGUGUUUCUUCUGUUAGCCCCUAAUUUCCGUGUCAAUUGACACGAUUUGCUUGGACGGUUGGCAUGUGGGUCAUUUGUUAUUGAGUCAGUACCCCCGUUUCUCCACAGGGUGUCGCACCCUUCAGAGGAGACCAGCGGGGAGCUGACAACCCAGGCUGACGUUGUUGUUGCUGCUGCUGCUUAUAUUGGCAUUUGUAUAGAACCUUUUUUUUUUUCGUGGAUUUUUUUUCUUUUUCUGAUACUUUGGUGCAUUUCAAAGUCUUAUGUGAAUGAAGAGAUUAUUAUUGUUUCUUUUCUAUAUUGUACAAAGGCCUGUCAACCCAUUGUCCCACGAUCUCUAUCUCUCUCUCUCUGGGAUUUAUCUUGCAGAACGUUUUGUGUUGCACUAGAGCAGUGGGAAGGGCUUUGAAAGAGGCUCCUAUUGCACGGUAACUACAAGCUCCUUCAUCCUGAAUCAGUGAGUCGUAAAUGUUAGUGAUUGAUUUUUUUAUUGUUUUUUUUAGAGUCAAAUAAGAUCUAAACAAAUUAGUUUAGUUCAUAGACGUUGCUGAAGUAAAAUGUGAUCCUUUUUCUUCAUAAGAGAAACCUGAUUUAAACCGGUGGACGUUACCCUCUGAAACAGCUUAUUUUCUGACCAAACAAUGCACAUCCUUUGUCAGACACUUCUACCAAUCUUAACUUUCAGAUUUUGUUGAGCAAUGUGUAAAAUUGGCACUUAAAUGAUGCGGUAGACCUAACCAUCCUAAUCAGCGUGGUCAUAGCGUUCUAUGUUAAGGUCAGUUAUUCAUACAAAUUCCAUUAGUAUUGUAAAUAAUAACACCAUGUGGUAGUCAGUGAGAAAUGACAUGCACACAUUUGUGUGAUUAAACACAACUCACUUGUAAUUAAAGGUAACAGGACCCCGUUGUGUCAUAUGUAUAGAAUGCUAUAUUUACAAACCAAAAACCACUUAUAUUUCUAAGCUUGCAAUAGAGGCUUUUUAAAUGUAAAAAAAUAUUUUGUAACACGUGAGAUUAAUUAUUAUCCAAAGGCUUGAUCAUAAUAUGUUAUGCAUUAAUCUCAAAAUAAAAUAAAAUGAAAGUGUAACUUUUCGGUUGUGUGUUCUUUUGGUCACUUAGACGAAGUCAACUGAUGGAGCCGUCCAUGAACUUAACGCGCUUUAGGACCUAGGAGCCAGAUUCCGAUACAUUCAAGUGGCAGCUUUAAUAUGGUGAUGGCAGGUCCAACACCUUUUCACUAGCAGAUAGAUAGGAAGGAGGAAGAUCUUUAUUCGGCUCCGCGCAGCCCAUGAGCCAGGGGCUGUCUUAUUUUACUUUUUACUUUAAAAAUUCUGGCAUUACAUCCCUGCUGCUCACCGGGUACAGGGCCUCCACAUCUCAGCCCCAUGAACGUGUUUUAGUCACGAGUCGUAAGUUUGUCGCCCGGAACUUACCCGCUUGUGGAAUGAGUUUUAUCACGAAUUGGAGAAGAAGCGGAAAGAAAAAUGACAGCAACAAGGAUGCUGUCGUGGCGAAAGACAGCCCAGACGGACCAAGCUCCCCAAGCCGGUUGUCAGUCAUUAAUAGCCCAGAGAUGGAUCCUAUCAUCCCAGAUUUUAGCCUACGGUUAGCAGACGACAACCAGGACUCUAUGAAACCACCCAAUGGGUGCCAGCCCUCAGAGCUCACCGUGGCGCUGGAGGACUGCAUGGCCGCUCUGGACCUGUUCCUCAGCAACGACUUUGAGGAGGCCCUGGCCCGGCUCCGAACCAGGACCAAAGACAGCAUGUAUCAUGCGCUGACCUACGCCACCAUCUUGGAGAUGCAGGCCAUGAUGACCUUUGAACCGGCCCACAUCCUGGCUGCCGGCAACACCAUGAAGGAGGCCCAGGCAGUCUGCCAGCGAUACCGUAAAAAGUCGACUUUUGCCAGCAAAAACUUUACGGAAGAGGAACUGCACGCUGAGGUGUGCUAUGCCGAAUGUCUCCUGCAGAGGGCAGCCCUAACCUUCCUUCAGGAUGAAAACAUGAUCAGUUUCAUUAAAGGAGGGAUCAAAGUGAGGAACAGCUACCAGACAUACAAAGAGCUCCAUUCGGUCCUGCAGUCCUCAGGCUUCGCCCACGGGGGCAACCACGGGCACUUUGAGGGCGGGGUCAAGCUGGGCGUCGGUGCCUUCAAUCUGAUGAUCUCCAUGUUGCCUACCAGGACCCUGCGACUGUUGGAGUUUGUGGGCUUCUCGGGGAACAAAGAGUUUGGCCUCCAGCAGCUGCAGGAGGGGUGCGUGGAGAACACCUUCCGCUCGUUUUUGUGCAACAUGCUGCUGCUCUGCUACCACACCUUCAUGAGCUUCAUACUGGGCACCGGAGAGGGAGAUGUGGGAGAUGCAGAGAAACUGCUAGAGCCAUACCUCAAAAAGUACCCCAAGGGUUCCAUCUUCUUGUUCUUCGCUGGUCGCAUCGAGGUGAUCAAAGGAAACCUGGAUGCUGCUAUUGAACGGUUCGAGGAGUGCUGUGAGGCCCAGCAGCAGUGGAAGCAGUUCCACCACAUGUGCUACUGGGAGCUGAUGUGGUGCUUUACAUACAAGCGCCACUGGAAGAUGGCCUACUUCUACGCCGACCUGCUCAGCAAGGAGAACUCGUGGUCCAAGGCCACCUAUGCGUACAUGAAAGGCGCCUACCUCAGCAUGCUGACUAAGGACGACUGCCUCACAUUUGGGGAGACUGAGAUCACUCUGUUCAGACAGGUGCCGGGGCUGAAGCAGAAAAUAGCCGGCAAGUCCUUGCCGACAGAGAAGUUUGCCAUCAGGAAGGCCCGGCGGUACUUGGCAGAGAGGCCCAUUCCUCUUCCUGUUCCUCCUCUGGAAAUGAUGUACAUCUGGAACGGAUAUACUGUCAUUGGAAAGCACAGAGACCUGACGGAGGCAAUGUUAAAAACACUGGAUGAGGCACAGGCUACACUUGACAGCAGUCCAAGGACCGAGUUCUCCAUCGACGACCAGUGUCUGGUGAGCCUGCUCAGAGGACUGUGUCUCAAACAUCUGGGACACCAGGAUGAGGCCGAAGCCUAUUUCACCCUCAUCCUCUGCAAUGAGUCCCAGAUAAAGUAUGACCACUACCUGGUCCCCAAUGCCCUGCUGGAGCAUGGCCUGCUAUGUCUGGAGCAAGGCAGGAAAGAGGAGGGCAUCAAACUCCUGGAAGCAGCAAAGGCAAAUUAUAAAAACUACUCCAUGGAGUCACGGACACACUUCCGUAUCCAGGCGGCUCUGCACAAGGCGAGGGGCGCGGCUGAAAACGGGACGUACGUGCAGACCAGUCCCUAACGCCAGGAGCUCCGCCACGCCAUGAGAUCACAAACUGCUUCCUGUGGGCCGCGAUCCCUUGACUCUCUACUAAACAAGCCGCCUGCCGGGGGUGUGGACCCGGAUAGAGCACCAAACUAUACUCCAACAGAGCAAGCAAGCCACCUCUCCAAACCGCCAAGCUCAUUCCCACGUUCGUCAUUCCUCUGUGAAUUAGAGACUGCUUUGAGUAAAAUGACUUGACCUGAGAUAGUGUAAUAAAAUAUGGCAGAGUGAGACAUUACAUGCCACAAUAUAGCACAAUGUGGUAUAAUAAGGUACAGCAUACCAACGCCCUGUGUCAUCUCCCAAUGCAUUUAUACAAAGCUAUUAUAAGAACAUAACCAGGGGUUCAUCCUACUAAAAUGAUUCUGUGUCAACCAGACAUGCCUCGCGAGCACCUGGGUCUCAUAAUGUCUUCAUUACUGUGAUCGCUGAACAUUUAUUGUAUUGUUUAUUUAUUAACUAAAAUAUGAUGCCUUUUACUAAAAUGUCCUAUUUUAAGAGGACUGAUGAAUGUGUCUUUUAGAAAGGCAGACCCUCUCCUCUUUUCUCCUACUGGUGUGUGGGAUCGAUGCCAACGGUACUUGAGUAGUGACAAACGGGCCAUUCAGGCAGACUGCGACAGGCCUGCUUGCUUGUCAGCCUAUUGCGUCUUUAUUAGGUGAAAAGAGCAUUGAAUGAUGACCACUACUUUUCUGUGCUUUGUAAACAUCUUCUACUGCUUCCGUCUCCACCACUGUAGAGUUUUUGCAAAUAUAUAGGCGGACUUGUACAUCCUAGCCGUGCUAUUGUAUCAAAACAAGUGAAAACUUGCUAGGUCAUGUUGUUUUGUAUAUUUCUGUUUUGCUAAACAACUGAUUUGCAAGGCAUGAGCUCUCCCGAUUUGUCUCAGAUGUUGGAAACUUGAAAUUAGAGCUCUGUGGGUACAUUGCUGAAGUUUGGGAUUAAGAAAUUAACCAAGAGUAUUUAGACUUUUUAACGGUGAGGGAAAUUUCUAUUUUGCAUUGUUUUAUCUGUUCGGAAAUUAUUGCAAAUGAUCUUACAAUCUUAUGAUCGGUUGGUUUAUUUCUUCACUGGUGUUGCUUAUUUACAGAUUUUCUUCAAACUUUAGUCACACUGUGAUGUAAAAGGUCGGUGUAUCUUAGGGGCAUGGCAACAAUUAACCUGAGUGACAUUCCUGUACAUAAUGAAUGUUUCUUUUUUCUAAUUCAAAAUGAAAAAUGACAUAAGAAACCAAAUCAUUGCGACUUCAUGUUGUGUGUUCUCUCUUUAUCAUACCCCACACAACGGCAUGCAACUGAAAUGCUUAAAUUACAACAAACCAAAAGAUAUUUGACUAAUGCAACAAAAAGAUAUCGAAUUUAUAUCAUUCAAAACGAUCUAAUAAUAUACUGCCUAUUAUUCAAUCAUGAAAAAUACUAAUUUUGAGACCCAUCUUGCAAUUCACGGUCAGGCUGUAAAUACAUGAAGCCCAAAUGAUAGAAUCCCUGUCUGUGUUUAUGUUUUCACUGAACGA